AUGGAGCUUUUUGAUUAUUUCACACUUGGAAUAUGUUUAUUCGGCAUAAGUGCAUUUGGAUUCUACAAAUCAAGAAAAAAAGCUGAAGAAGAACAAAGUGCACAUGCAACAAUGGUUGGAUCGGGGUGAGCUAACAAAUUUAUGUGGUUUUUAUGUUGGAUAAAAACCACAUUUCAAUUUCCUUUCUUCUUUUAGGGUGUCAGUUUGGUCAGUGACCUUGUCAGUUUGCUCAGGAUUUAUUUCUUCAAUCUCUUUGUUAGGAUUUCCUGCUGAGGUUGGUUGGAAAAAUUAAACAACAAAAAAAAUCUUUGAAACGUUUGAGGCCGAUAGUUUUGAAAUGCUAAAUAACACACUGUGCAAAAUUCACAGUUUUUGUUUAGAACAAAAACAAUGACGAAGCCGGAUUUUCCAAAAAUAACAAAAGCCACUGUUUCAAUAAAACAAUACAAUACAAACAUAACAUGUAUCACAAAUUGAAUUCAAAAAAAGAACGAUAAAAGUUUGUGAACAAGAGAUUCUCAUUAAACAUUUAACGACAUUUCCACACAACAAAAUUUUUUGACCUCGCAAAAAACACGCAACAACACAAAAAACAUUACUGACAUUUACACGAUAGCCCCCUCCUUCUUCGACAAAAAUUUAAUUUGCUCAAAUUAGUGUGCCUUUCCUUUUUUACACACACGUGUUUGGUUAAUGACAUCUGCUGAAUGUGCUAUUAGCCAAUCUGAUGCUAGAUAAACAUAGAAAUAGGUUGUAGGAAAAAACCGAAUAGGAAAAAUGUGAAUUUUCAAUGUUAGUUUUUUUGACAAACAAACAGUAAAACUUGUUGAUGAUCUUCGGAAAAUAGUUAAUAAAAUUAUUCACAAAAAAUAUGGAUGAGAAUGUUCCCCAAAAAAAGGUUUUGAAUUUUCGAGCAGAGCUCCAUAUUUUGGAAAUCUAAAUAUAUAUUGGUUAAGGGAAAUAAUCAAUUGUUUUUACAUGUUUCAGGUCUACUUCCAAGGUGGUAUGAUGCUUUGGUUUAUCCCAAUGUAUUUCAUCUCCUUUCCAAUUGUCGCAUAUGUAUUUCUACCGGUGCUGUAUAAUUUGAAAUUAACAACUAUCUAUGAGGUAUUUCUCCCAUUUCCAAAGUGAUCCAAAAUCAAAAUUUUCCAGUAUUUUGAGCGUCGUUUCAACUACAGUUGCCGAAUUGUAACAACAAGUCUUUUCUGUGUCCAGGUAUAUUUUCCAACCCCUUUGAUCUUCUUGAUGAUGUGUUUUUAUUUCAAAUCGCAUCAAAACAAACAUAAGAAGACCUUGAUUCGAUGAGAAGAUCAAAAAAUAUUCCGAGAAUAUCCGAAAAAUAAAUCAAAAACAAGAGUGAGAUAAUUUUUUGGUCUUUUUACAGAUGAUACUGUAUAAUUCGGUGGCUCUCUAUGCUCCAUCGUUAGCCAUUGCAACAAUCACACAAAUUCCAAUUGCUUUGUCAAUUUUGAUCACUUCGACACUUUCAGCAGUUUAUAUUAGCAUAGUAAAUAUAAGUUUUCAAAAUAUUUCAAUAACAAUUUCUCUAGGGUGGAGCAAAAGCUGGUAUCUACACUUCUGCACUCCAAAUGGCAUUGAUAUUUUUAACAUUAUCAUUUAUGAUAACAAUUUCACUCCAACAAACAUCAAUUUCCCAGGUCUAUCAAGAUAUUGUCGCAGGAAACAGAUUAAUCCUUGAUGAGUGAGUGAGCAAAUAAUGUUUUCCCAGAAAGCAAAAAUAAUUUCAAAAAAACAAAAUCUUCAGCUUCCGAUUGACACCAACAAUUCGUCAUUCAGUAUGGUCAUUAGUUAUUGGUGGAACAGGAAAUAUUCUGAGUCUUUUUGCUGCAAAUCAGCUUAGUAUCCAGAGGUAUAUGGCAUUGGAUUCACUUGGAAAAGCGCAAAGGUAAAAAUAGAAUGAAAGAAAAAUGCGGGGGAAAAUAAAAAAAAGUCAUAAAUUCAUAUUGACGUGCGAGAUGAGACUAUAAGCUUUUUGAGUAUUUUUAUGAUUGAUGUUUUACUAUUUGCUUUCACAAAAAUAGAAUAUCUAGAAAAAUAUGGAUUGAAGAUAUGAUAUAGAUCAAUGAGUUUCUGAAAAAUUGAACCACAGUAAACAUUUGCUUCAAAAUAUUAUAUUUGCAGAAUUGAUAAUGAAAGUUAGGUUUCCAGCUAUUCAAUUUUUUUCAAACACUUGUGUCAAUUUUUCAAAUUCUACCAUUUCCCGUUUUUCAGAGUGGUUCUUCUAAAUAUCAUCUGCAACACAUUAAUCCUACUUUGCUACGUUUUUGUGGGUUUUAUUAUUUACUCACACUACAAAGAUUGUCAUCCACAACUGAAAAAUAGCAAUGAAUUGUUGCCACAAUUUGUAAUGGAUGUGAUAUCAUCUUACAAAGGAUCUGUUGGUCUUUUUGCCGCUGCUGUUUAUAGUGCAGGAAUUAGGUAAAGAAUUAUAAUAUCUGAAAAAACAAAUAACAAUUAUUUUAAUAUUUUAGCACUUUGUCAGCUUCUUUCACCGCUGUCUCGUCAAUUGUGAUCAAUGAUAUUUUGAAAAUCUACCGUAAUCAUAAAAAUCAGCCACCAUUGACUCAAAAACAAAUUGAAAAUGCGAUGAGGAUUCUUCGUAAGAUUAUUUGACAACUAAAUUAUAUAUUUUUCCAACUUUUCAGCUUUGAUUCUGGCGUUUUUCUCGGUCUUCAUCGCAUUUUUAUGCAGUCAGAUGCAAAGCAUCAUUCUACAGGUAUAAUAUGAACAUCCUCAAAAAUUAAUAAAGCAAGGUUUAAUAUUAAUUUUCAGGUUUCUUUCAUUGUUUUUGGAGCGGGAGGUGGCCCUGUCUUGGGAUCAUUCAUUGUUGGAUUCUUUAUGCCAAAAGUCAAAGGACAUGCUGCGUUAACAGGCUUAAUUUCAUCAAUUAUAAUUUGUUUCUCAAUAUCAAUUGGAUCAGUUAUUCUCAAGGUUGGCUUUUUGAACAUAACAUAUUUACUAAUAUUAUUUUUUUCUGCAGGUGAAACCAAUUACACUCGAAUUAGGCAGCCAAUGUAUUGAAAACAACAGCAGCGUCAUAAAUAUGAGUAAAAAUCAAUUUUAUGAUGAAUCACUUAUUGGACAAGUCACAUCUACUCAAUUGUAAUUUUUUUCUUCUUCUUGAUUAAUCAUAUAUCAAAACAAAAACCAUUAUUUCUUAAUAUUUCAGGGAUUACGAUAUUGAUAGAAUAUUUGCUGUCUCGUAUCAAUAUUAUAGUGUGAUAGCUGUGUUGUCGAAUGUAGCGGUUUCAUAUAUCACUCAAAAAUGCAUGGGUAAGUAUUAAUUCCACCUGUUUUUUUUCGAGAAGAGGUGGAGCUAUUUUUUCUUCUUUUUUCAGAUGUCUUAUCGAAAACAAACGAAAAUGCGAAGGUGGAAAUUGAAUUGAUCUCGCCGUUAUUGAGAAAUGCAUAA